UCUGGUUCUAUCCAAAAAAAAAAAAAAAAACCCUUACCUUCUGGUCUGGUGAUUUUUUUGUGCUUCAUCAGCAUAUCCUCUAUAAAAACCCUAAAUUCAAUCACCCAAAAGUCUAUCUUUCUUUCGUCUCUUUCUGUUUAUUCCAUACGUAGAGACUCAAUUGGGGAUAAAGAUAGAAGGGUUUGUUAUUCAUUCCCAUAAUUACACCAAGUGAGGACUCUAGAAUGAAGAAGAUUUGGGUUUGAGGAGCUAAUGAAUUCACGUUAUCAGGCCCUGCUGCAUAAAUGAUAUGGUGGCUAAGGUUGAGACAAUGGCAUUGGUAACCUAUCAAAUGCAGGUUUCAUAUUCUACAUUCUACUCAAGACCUCUAUCAUGGGACAAAAGGUUGAAGUUGAAGCAGAGUGUUAAAACAUUACACAUGGUUGGGAAAACAGAUAGGUGUUUCUUAUUAAAGCGCAAUGUUCGUUUAAGUGUUGGGGCUCCUUGCAAUCCUGGAAAGCUUAAGCCUUUGAGAAUUUCAGCUUUCAAAGGCAGUGCCCAAAAUGAAGAAUCGGCAGGCAGAGCAAAUGGCUCUAAGGUUCCGAAGAAUUCUGUUAAACUAAAAGAGAGUGGGGACACAGCAGACUCUCCAAAGGCAAAUGACAUUCCACUUUCUUAUACCUCCGAGGCAAAAGAGAGCAUUGCUUCCUCCCCUGCAAUUCAUAAUUUAUUUAUAAAAUUUUUGACCUUGCUCCGCACACAAUCACCACGGCAAGUAGUGAAUGGAGUUUUGGGAGAAGAACCACCUCUAAGGGAGAUAUCAGAGACAGAAACUCAACAUGGUACUGAAAACAAAGAAAGAGGUGAGAUUCUAAGGGCAACUUGGUGCUACUUUCUGGGUCUGGAUGCAACAGUAAAGAUUCCCUUACUGAUAUUCGUCCCUUUAUACUUGGCAAUUAAUGUGAUUUAUGGAGCUGAAGUUUCAAAAGAGUUGACUCCUCUUUGGGUUGUUGGGCCCCUUAUCAUAGCUCUCUACAUCAAGAUGUUCAGGGGGUUGUGGGCACUCUAUGUCUUCAGCUUCAAGAUGACCGUUAAAAUAGUUAAGAAUUUGCCCACUUACUUUAGGGUGGCCUAUAGCUAUGUUGCACGCGGGAAGCUUAAAGAAGAUGUACUUGCUCGUUUCUGGCAACCUGUGGAGAACAUAAAGAACCUAGACUACAAAGAGCUAGCAAGAGAAAAGCUGAAAGAAUUGCAAGAACGGGCGGUGGAGUGGUACCUCGAUUAUGUGGAAUCAAUAUGGCCAUAUUACUGUCGGACAAUCAGGUUUCUAAAGAGGGCUAAUCUCAUUUAAAUAUUAGAAUGUUACUUGCCUCUGAAUAUGUUCCAAAAGGCUGAGAUUUUUUAGGAAGAUCUGGUCGACCCCAUUUUACACUGGGGUGUACUGUGCAAGUGGAGGAUUAGAACAGGUUGACUGAUAUCUGUCACUUGUAUUAGGCUGUGCGCUUAUUCUUGGAUGUAAUCCGUCAAAUUUGUUGUUUUUUGCACUCGCUGCUGAUGUUUCUGAGGUAGAUGAAAGCGAUUUCAAACUUCUGGUAAUGAUUGAUUAAAGAGUUUUGGGUGUUUUCAUUUGUUA